AUGUAUUGUGAGCAAAAAACUGUCACCACCAUGCUUCAGAAACCAGGUUCUUUGCCUAUUACCCCUAAAGUUAUUCGGAUUUCACUGAUUGAUCAUUAUGCGACAGAUUCUUCCAGUGAAGAUGAAGAAGAAGGUUUUGUUCAUCGUCCUAUAGUGAAGAAAGUGGUGAAUGAGAUAAGAAUUGGGUGUAACAAGAACAAAAAGAAGACAGAAAAUGAUGAUGAUUGUGGUGGGUGUGGGCUGAAAGAGAAUCAUAGGCCUAAACAAGAAGAUCAAAAGGUUCUGAACAAGCACAAGUUUCGCGGGGUUCGGCAAAGGCCUUGGGGAAGAUGGGCUGCAGAGAUAAGAGACCCUUUAAAAAGAACAAGAGUUUGGUUAGGUACUUAUGACUCUGCUGAAGAAGCUGCUUUGGCUUAUGAUAGAGCUGCUAUUCGAUUACGAGGUGCUGAUGCUUUAACCAAUUUCAUUAAGCCACCCAAGAACUCUAAAGAUGAAGAAGUUGGGUGUGUUGAUUGUGAUAGUGUUGGUGAUGGAGUGAGCUGUGCGGUUGAUUCUGGCAAUGAGUGUGUUGUUUCAUCUUCACCCACUUCUUUUCUUGUGUUUCAGCCUUGGAAUAAAUUGGUGGAUGUGGGAGAAGUGUUUAAAGAGUUCACUUAUGAUGAUGGCAUUUUGUAUCUUGAUGCUUGUUAUCCACAUUAUGAGCCGCUUCCUCUGCUGCUUUCUUCUGCCAAUGAGGAUUGCAUUGGUGUUCCGUUAAUCAAUCUUGAUGAGGAUUUUGAGUCAUGUAAAUGGGACGUAGAUAGUUACUUUAGUGACCCUUAA